AUGGUUCCGGAUAACCCAAUCCGGCAUCAUUUGAAAGCCAACAAGAGUUACUCUUUCAUCACUAGUGCAAGUUACAACGGCCACAACCCAAUGAAAAAUUCGGUAAUAGCCAGGAGCCACCUUCAUGUUGUCUGCCCCGAAUCCUAUUAUCACUCCACCGCUUGUUCAGAAUAUCAUUGGAGACUUCACGGUAAUACUGUAACUCAACAAGACGCAAGUAUAGCAAGCGAACACUACACCCUUACAUUUGACCCACUCGACGGUAGCUCUAUCAUCGCACCCAACUGGACCGUUGGCACCAUCAUUGGCAUUUGGGAUGGUCCGGGCGCUUUAAACCAAUCGCCAAAAAAAAGUCAAGUAGCAGCCAUCCUAGGCAUCUACGGCCCUCGGACUAUGGCCGUAAUCGCUAUUCGCGUCCCCAAUGUCAGUUCUUUCUGCUUCGAGGUGGGCCUCAACCCGGACGGAGGCGGUGUUGAUACCCCGGCAUCAGUGUUUGAGAUCCUUCGUAGUGACAUGACGCUCCUCUCUCCACCAUUCAAGACUCGAUACUUUGCUCCAGCAAACCUGCGUGCAGCCGCAGAAGACGCAAAUUACAUGCGGCUCGUCGCAAGCUUCAUACAGCACAAGUACACAUUGCGAUACAGUGGCGGCCUCGUCCCAGAUAUCUACCAUAUACUAGUCAAUGGCCAGGGAGUUUACAUAUCCCCCGUCACUCCAGCGAGUAAGGCUAAGCUCUGCCCUCAGUAUGAGCUUUCGCCCAUUGCUUUGGUCAUAGAAUGCUGCGCCGGUCAGGCGGUCGACCCUACCACUGAAUCUAAUAUUCUUGAUGAUGCCAUCAAACACUGCGAUGAGAGAACUGGCCUGCUAUGUGGAACGAAGGAAGAAGUUGAAGGAGUGGUUGAGGCAAUGAUCAAUUUAUCCUAA